AUGCGGGAACGCAUUGCCAAGGGCGUUGCACACGCUUCCAAGGCCCUGGCUGACAAGUGGAACGCCGUCAACGCGGCUUUGGCCCAGCGUAUUCGCGAGGUUACGGAUGCCCGCAAUCAGCUGCAGGCCAGUCUUGGGAAGGUGAGCUCCACGUAUCCGUCGAGAUAUAAAGUGGUGAAUUGAGAGCCCAGCUCGUUGAUUGGUGGAAAGUUGUGUUUUGCGUUCCUGCACCCCCUAUUCUAAGCUUGCAUUCAACUUCAGCACAUAUGAGGGAUUCGUCUAUUAUGAUCAGAUUACUUUUGAAACAUCGAGCAAAGAUUGGAAUAGACAUUUCUAGCUGCUGAGUGACCAUUAUUCAGCCAUAUUGCAACCCCGUGCCAAUAAAACUUGAGGCUUGAAUCACAGGUACUUAUAGUUGGGCGGGAUGCUCUACCAACUGAGGCAGUGACCCACGCUGUCUCGACUGUGUUUGGACAAGGUCGACGGCAUAUGUGCGUUUUGUACCGCCUUGGAGAUCCAGAAAGUAGCAAACAAGACGGGGAUGCUGGUCUAUUGACAAUGGCCCUUUUUCAGCCAGUCGCACUCAGACAUGAAUUUUGAACGAGUGGAGGAGAAAGUUCGAGUUUCAGGUGUGUGCAUAUGAGCGAAGAAAAAGGCUGGUCGAGCACCGGAACAGUAUGUUUAUUGUUCUGAACUUUCAAACUCGUCAGAGAUAGCGACAGUUCGACCGUCGCUGCCGAUGAUGUCCACCAUGUGCUCCAAACAGUGUGAGGCAGGGAUGGUGACUUGUGCGUGAACUAGUUUAUAGUGAUAGUAGACUUGCGCAGCAUCUACCGCAACCUCCCCUCCCCCACCUGGAUCCGGUUUCAAGACAGAGUCAAGAAGACCGGAGGCGGGGGGCGCAGGGGGAUGGCACGAUCGAGCCCGCACCUUGGCGCUCCACCCCACCCCCUCUGGUCCACACAGCAAAUGACCAGGUUUUUCACCGACAACAACAAUGAAGGACGUGGCAGGAGUCCCAGUGUGCGCGACGUCUGUCGGCUGCCGGGUCUGCCACCACACCCCGAAAUUAAGACAUUUUGUUAUGGUGCGCAAAUUCGAUAACGGCUGCCAGAAUCCGAUAUGGCCCCCUUGUUGGUCCAGCGCGUCUACCAUGUGGCGCACCAUGCUUGGUGAAAAGUUGUGUUUUGCGUCCCUGCCCCCCACCCCCUUCUCAGAUUGCAUUCAAUUUGAGAGUUUCGCUCAGACCAGUUUAUGCCUAUUCGCAUUAGUGUUAUAAUUACGUAUUCCUACAAAUUUCGAGUAGAACCCCUUCAGGACAUGGGAGGGUUUCGUCUAUUACUACUAGAUUAUUUUCAGAAAUAUCAAGCAAAGAUUGGAAUAGACAUUUCGAACUGAUGAAUGGCCACCAGUCAACCUGAAGCCUAGAAAACUUGAGGCUUGGAUCAUAGCUACUCAUGGAAGGGCAGGAUGCGCUACCAACUGAUGUCGUGGCUUGCGCCUUCUCAGCUAUGGUCAGACGUAUUUAAGGUCAAGGACAAGAACAUACGUGCGUUUCGUACCGUUUUAGAGAUACAUGCGAAGGCUAACGAGUCUGAGAUGGUCGUUUCUUGAUUGCCGCCCCUCCUCAACUAACCACGCUCGGGCAUGGACGCGAGGGUUCGAGUUCCAGGUGUGCGUUCAAGUGAAGAGGAGGAGGGGGAGGAGGGGGAGGAGGAGGAGGAGGAGGAGGAGGAGGAGGAGGAGGAGGAAGGAGAGGGCUGGUUGAGCACUGGAGCUGUCUGUUUAUUGUCCUGAGUUUUCGAACUCGUGAAGGAGUCCAUCGUCAGAGAUGGACGCACCAACAGAACAGACCAGGUCAGAUUGGACGCAAGCCCCAAUUACGCACCCACGAACAUACGCUGGCUGUGCGACGAGACGACGAAUUAUCACAAGUGGCUGCCCACGCCUACGGAAUGGGUCAUGAGUGGUGCUUUGCAGCCAACAAGGUGGUCGUCCACGCUGGAAACAAGACGGUAAGAGAAUUGAUUGAAUCCUGAGCCUCGGAUAAGAAAUCAGUCAACUGAUUUAUCGAUCUGGCGCUGGCAUUCAGAGGUCUGCGCAAUCACCUCCAGACUUGCGACGUCGGUCGAUGAUUGGUUGGCACGCCCUAUAACCGUUGCUUGUUCUGUUGUUGACGCUGAACUCCUGCAUGAGUCCGACAGCUCAGAACAACAAACAAACUUGUUAAUAGAAGCGAAGAGGCGAGUUCCAGGAAGUAGUCGCGAAGAAGGACAAGAUCGCUAGAACAAGAGUUCUGUUAGCCUGACGUUUCGGAUUCCCACUCGAAUCCAUCAUCAAAAACAGAGUUAGAGAGGGGUGGUAAAGUGCCCAGGUGUUGCAGUAUUUAUAGGAUGUAGUUGUUAGGUCGCUACAUGCCUAUCCUAGUUGGCAGCUCCCGAGUGCAUCACGGCUCGACUGGUCAGGUGUUAAAGUAUGCAGUUGCCGUGUCGUUGCAAAACGCUUGUGUGCCGGUCAAGAUUAUCGAUUGCCACGCUCAUCGCACACAGUCGAGUUGCUGACGGUUGGAUUUCAUCAUCCGUGUGGGCUCCUGGGCAAUUUGGAUCGCCGAUACUGACACCAAGAACGGUGGGCAUCCGCACGCUGUUCUCGCGGCUAACUACUUUACCUAGACAAAGUUUCAGCGCCGAAUAUGGAGAGGGGAGGUCGUUGCGUUUGUUGAUGGACUGAAGAUCAGAAAACCUGGGCAAUUUACCACCCCUAUCUGACUCCGUCUCUGAUAAAGGAUUCGAGUGAGAAUCCGAAACGUCAGCCUAAUAAAACCCUUUUUCCAGCCGCCGUGUCUUCUUCUUCGCAACAAACAGACUGUUCCGAUGCUCGACCAGUCUUCUUCUUGACUUAUGAAUUUUACAGAACGAUUGGGUCAACGAAUGCUGCUGACGAAAAUUUGGCCUCAUCACACGUUUUUACAGUUUCUCAUGAGAUCAGUGGAUAUAUAUAUAUAUAUAGUCCAUUUGUCUCUGGGAUUCAGAUAAAUCACAAAAAACCACUUUAGUAAUUGUCCUCCGCUCGCUUGCAUGCAGUCCUUCAGUCACGGAAAUAUACGAACACACCUUUUAUGCUACUUUAAAUAUUCCAGAGUUUAGAUGACAGGUAUGAAUUCGUGGCUGGGUGGUGGAACGAUGGCGCAGUCAUCAAGCGGACCUGGAUUAAAACCUGGUUUUUUCAGAUUUACGACCGACUCUCGGUGGUCUGAAACAAUCAUGCAUAGGUCUUUUGUCUUUGCCGGUAGUACUCGUCGACCACAAAACGGAUGUGGUUGCCUAAUACGCGCAAGGUAUAAUACAGUGGCUGUUUCCGUAUGGACUUUGGAUGCUUCAAUUGCAUUCGAUUUGAGUGGAUAAAAGACCCUAUCCGCCUAUGCUAACUCUACCCCCUCCCCCUCUCUCUCUCUUCUUCAAAGGAACUAACAGUAAAGGCUAGAGGAUUAUUCCUGAGUAUGUCUGCUUUCUGUCUCUUUCAGACAUUGCAAGCCAUUGCAGAUACCGAAAAGGAAAUUGAGGAUCUAAAGAAGUCAGUGAUUGACAAGGAGAAUCAUCUGAAAACUGCAACCACUCGUCUGAACACGAGGCUGAGACGGCCGGGAAUGGAGAACUGCAGGGAUCCAGCAAUGCUACAGUUAGUUAUCUUUGUCAAUGCUGUUGGAAGGGGGGCUUAACAAACCGUAUGCAGUCAGCUGCAGGGGUGUUUAUGGUACGAUUUACCCGUAGGCACCUCGUCGUGCAGGCAAGGGGUUAGUGUGGCAGGGAGGAAGACAUAGCUCACCCAAUGAUCAGUUUUAAGUUGCUUUCGAUGACCAGUAGGACAUGUUUGGAACUGUAUCCUGCUCGAAUUCCUCGACGUCAGUCGUGCUAACGGAAGAUUAAGUGCGCGGAUGAUAACGCUGAAGUUGAAUGGAAAAGUGAACAAGUUUGGUAGGUAGGUUCAGAAGAUGCCUUUCAGUUAAUUAGCUCACACUCGGAUUUUUCCGUAAGGGCUGCAACACGCAGCUUCACCUGGUCCUGGGUCCUGGGUUUCUAAAUUUCACACGAAAUACUGCAUACUGCCAAUUUUUGACAUCGUGUGCACAACAUGAUGGCCUUCAGAAUUUUAAUUCUUUAUCCCUGGUAAGUGUUGCCCAUCGCUUCCUGUACUCGCUAGUGCUUAUUAGGACUGCAGCAACCUUAGAGGUCUAUCAGAAACAUGGAAUUUUACUCACGCAUUCUAAAAUGAACCGACCGGUGGGGGAAGCAGCUGAAAGAGCCUGCGUAACAUGAUCCUCAACUUGUUGAGGCUCGCAUUAUUUAUUUCAUUCCUUAGGGCUUUGUGACAUGCUGGCCUGUGACGUGCCGGUCACUGCUUGCGCGGGAAUACCAAAUAUUGAAUGUUUCGCCGGCCAUUGAUUGGUCUGCACGCGUGAGCAAAGGCGUCUCGCGUGCCCGAUGGUGUGGCGCACGCUGAUUGGCUAUUGCUUUCCCGCGUGCAUUUCGCGGCCAAUGCGGCCUGCUGUACUGUGCAUGACAACUUCUUCCUUUUAUUGCAGGCUGCGGUGCCCCUCCCUUUCCAUUCGCCCUAACAGUAUUAGUAAUAGCUUUCAUUCUAGGGGCGAUUUAUGGACGUCAUCAAGAAAAAUGCCCACAGGGUGGGGCUCAAGCUCGAGCACGUGGAGGGACACCCCAUCCGACGUGCCAGUUUGUCAUCAGUACCUACUCACUGUCUGCAGUAUCUCCAAGAAAUGCCUCAGCGUAAUCUCAACUUUUUACCUUUCAGUCUCAUCUGCGAAGUUCAGCAACUGAAGGACGCCAUCCAGACGCUAAAGGAUCAGAUUCGGCGGGCUGAGGGCAUGUUACAGGAGCUGCUGCGACUGCGUACGGAGAAGGAGGGUCAAGUGGCCGUCAAGAACAACAGCCUCUUUAUCGAUCGCGAAAAGUGUCUGGCCUUGAGGUCGGCCUGGCCCGGUGGUCCCACCGCGGGUGCAGCUAACGCUAUCCCCUGUCCCAGCAACACCGUAUCUACCGUGCGCGCUUGCAACUGUGCCUAG